GACGUCGAGGUAACAUGGGAGGACCAGCGAAACAUCAAUAUGUUUUCCAAAUUGAACACUCGUCUUGAAUCUGUCGAAGAAGCCUACGAGGAUAAAAAGCGAGAGAAGGAAUAUCUAGAUGACUUGACAAAUGAAUUGGAACUGGCAGAUGAAGAUGAGCCUGUCAAGUACAAGAUUGGUGAUGCCUACAUCUCUCUUUCUCUUACAGACGCACAAUCUCGUAUCGAAUCUGAGCAGACUGUACUUGAUCAAGAGCUAAAAACAUUGGGUGCCAACGUGGGCAGUAUUCAAUCUGAAAUGAUAAAGCUUAAGGCUCUCUUGUAUGCAAAGUUUGGUAAAUCGAUCAAUCUCGACAAGGAUUAG